CCUUGCAGAUCAUCAGGACUCUUCCCUUUCAGGUUGCUUCCCUCCUCCCUGUCACUUCCAAGGGAUUUUGCUCCAGGCAAAGAGCAGAGGAUCUCCCUGAGCUUCUUUUUGUUUCUGCUGGAAUUCUACCAGCUGCCAAGGAGAGGAAUCAGGAAAGCCAGUAACCAGUGAAUGUGAAAAAAGUCAACAUUGUUUGGAGCAGCAGAGCUGGGUCAGAACGACACAAAAGGGUUUCUCAGCAGCAAAUGUUACUUUGAGGACUGGAAUAUAAUUAACUCCUGCCUACUCCUCCCCUCUUCCAGGAUGCCAUCCAGCAUGCCAGCAGCACACAGAGGCUCCUGUGAAAUGUCACUCCCAGCCCUGGGAUUUUCCAGCAGAGCCAAAGGAAUGGGGAUCCUCGUGCUUGUUUUCAUACUCAUGUCCCUGACCCAGCACGGAGAUGCCUAUGGACCUGACAGCUGUAACCAGGGAGGGGGCCUGUGCAGAGUGGGAAGCUGUGCUUCUGGUGAAUACCUGGCUCAGUUCUGCUUUGAACCUGUCAUUCUCUGCUGCAAAAAUCUGUCACCUGCUGCCACAGAGAGGUGAAGGUUUCCAGACGAGCCCCUGCAGCACAUGGAGAGCUGCAGGCUCCACUGGCACGGCAUGAGCAGCUGCUGGGAAGGAGAUUUUGUGGUUUCUGUGGCUGUGGAUUCACUCAUGGACUCCUGAACACUUUGGUUUUGCUGUAACCUUUUUAGGAAACAUUGUGUGACAAGAAAAAACUGGGGCCACUCAUAUCUGUGGUCCUUUGGGGACUCUUAUUGUUAUCUGACAUGCCCAGGUGAAAAAUUGCCUUUCUGCUUUAUCUGAAAACAAUAAACCUGAGGUUUAACAAAGCAGAAA